AUGCCCCCGCCCGAUCCGGCCCUGUUGACGCCGGCCAUGGCGUCACCGACUGGCUUCACAACAUCGCUUCGUGUACACCCUCAAAUAGAUACCAACAUAGACAUGACCCAAUUUGCCCAGCAAGCAGUGUCGACGGGCUUAUCGCCGUCGAAUCCAGAUGUAAUGGCCGAAGUCGCCGCCUUCUCUGGCUCGACCGGGAGAGGCAUUCUGAUCGGCAUCCUUUCGGCUUUGGGCUCUGCCGGAGUCGCGAUCGUUGUGCUUACAAUUAUUGUAUUUUUUAAAUAUACUCGGCACGGCCGUAUCUUGCUUGAUCGGAUAGGAAGACCAGGAGAGUUUGAUGAUGAAGAGGCAUUUGCUCGCGAGGAGGCCGAAGCCUUGGAGACGAUGGAUGAUCUUCCUCGGGCGGAGUAUCUUCGAGCCAAGGCUUUCAUCCAAGCGAAUCCGCCCGAAACCAUGCACACUGAUAUAUCGUUAUCGCAAUUCCUCGCAAUACAGGAAAAAGGAGUAUCGGCUUGGGAAUUUGAGCCAGAGUUGGAAAUAGCCAACUGCUUUGUCGAAGGGCGAACCGAGAUCGAAUUCUUUGACUCCGAAUGUAGCGUUCAGACCAACCUACCAGUGCCCAAACAGAACGAAGUUUAUUACUGGGAGGCGAAGAUUUACGAUAAACCAGAGUCAACCUUGAUUAGUAUUGGGAUGACUACGAAGCCAUAUCCUUUGUUUAGACUACCAGGCUUCCACAAAACUUCAGUCGCAUAUCUAUCUACUGGCCAGCGAAGGUACAACCAACCAUUUAAAGCACCAAAUUAUGGCCCAGAAUAUACUCAAGGCGACGUCAUCGGAGUGGGCUAUCGCCCGCGAUCCGGUACACUAUUCUUCACUCGCAACGGCAAAAAACUAGAGGAUGUAAUACACGGCCUCAAAUCGCCCAAUUUCUUUCCAACAGUGGGUGCGAACGGACCGUGCACAGUCCAUGUGAAUUUCGGCCAGAUGGGAUUCGUUUUCAUUGAGGCUAACGUUAAAAAAUGGGGCUUGGCACCCAUGACCGGCAGCCUUGCACCACCACCGCCUUAUGGAAGUGAACAAGGGAGCAUCCUUCUUGAGUCUGGUCGCGAGACCACAGCCCCUGUCCGCGGUUAUCUUGAUGCUGGGUAUCGAGGUUCGCGAUUAAUCGCACCGACUAGUCCCGGUCCGAUCCGGUCACCCACCGACAUUUCUCUAGCCCAGCUAGCACAUAUACCUUCACAUGAGGAUUUUGGAGAAGGCUCUAGCCGGAUCAAUGUGGGCGGUGCAGAGGAUGGCUUAUAUAUUACAGUGGCUAGUCCGCCUCCAGAAUAUUCAAGCCCAGAGUCCAGUCGAAAUAGCUUCAGCUCGGAUCACGAGGACGGAGAUGCGGGUCAUCCACCGGGAUAUACUGCCGUGGCGGCCGACGAAGAAGAAUAUCACAGUCAUCAGGACGAACAACGAUGA